AUGCAACAACACCACAACUACACCACCACCGUUGCAGACACCACAACUGUAGCGGACACCACCACUGUUGCAGACACCACCACUGUUGCAGACACCACCACUGUUGCAGACACCACCACCGUUGCAGACACCACCACCGUUGCAGACACCACAACUGUUGCAGACACCACCACCGUUGCAGACACCACCACCGUUGCAGACACCACCAUCGUUGCAGACAUCACAACUGUUGCAGACACCACCACCGUUGCAGACACCACGACUGUAGCGGACACCACCACCAUUGCAGACACCACAACUGUUGCAGACACCACCACCGUUGCAGACACCACCACUGUUGCAGACACCACCACCGUUGCAGACACCACGACUGUAGCAGACACCACCACUGUUGCAGACACCACCACCAUUGCAGACACCACCACCAUUGCAGACACCACAACUGUUUCAGACACCACCAUCGUUGCAGACACCACGACUGCAGCUGAAACUACAACUAUAGCUGACACUACAACCGUUGCAGACACAACUGUAGCAGACGCAACAAUUGUAACAGACACAUCUGAAGCAGACACUACAAUUGUAGGAGACAUUACAACUAUAGCACAUACUGCAACUGUCACAGACACUACGAUUGUAAUUGGUACUACAGAUGUAGCAGCUACAGGAGAAACCACUUCCAGGGCAGACACUACAGCUACAGGAGAAACCACAGCCAGGGAAGACACUACAGCUACAGGAGACACUACAGCCAGGGCAGACACUACAAUUUUAUCAGGUAUUACAACCAUAGCAGACACUACACUCACACUCGACACUGCAACUGUAGACACUACAACCAUAGCAGACAGGGUAAUCACAACAGAAACUGCAAUCACGGCGGACGCCACAAACAAAGUAGGUACUACAAUAACAACUAAUGGAGAAACCAUAACUAUACCAAUCGUCACAGCCAAAGGAGACACUACAGCUACAGCAGAAACUAUAACCGUACCUACAGUCAUAAUAGACUUUACAACCAAAGAAGAUACUAGAACAGACACAUUAGCUGCAACAGGCAGUACAUUAACAGAUACCAUAACUAUGACACACACUAUGGUAGCAGACAAAACGGCUUUUCUAGACACUACAACCUUACCAGGUACUUCGGCUGUAACAGAUAGUACAGCAAAAGAGGGUAUUAUUACUGGAACAGACACUGCAACGGUAACAGACGUCCCAAAUACAGCAGACGCGACUAUAGCAAUUACUACAGCUGCACAAGUCACUGCUACAGAUGCUGAUACUAAAGGAGAUGUUACAGCUGCAACAACAGAUGCCGCAAAACAAGCAGUCACCGCAACGACUGAAGCUGCUGAAACAACAGCCAGCAUAAAUUCCGAAUUGAAGACUGUUCUAACUGAAUUUAAGACUCUAUUAGUUAGUCUUGAGGAUAUUAUAGAGAGUGGAACUGCUAGUGAAAUAGAUGUAAAAAAAGCUGCUAUUGAUGCAUUAAAAACAAACAUUGAUGCUAUAGUAGCACAGGUAUCUGGGAAUGGGGGUACAUUAACUGAAAGUAUAAAAUCUUCUGCAAGUGAAAUGGAAACCAGUAUAGGAAAAGCAAAAUCCUGGGUGUAUGUUGAACGACAGGAAAUCCGAACAGGGAUUACUACUGUGAAUCAACUGUUGCUGGAAUAUGGUGCUACUACAAUUUAUCUGGAACCACUUGUUACAGAAGAUGAGACUAAUGCACCUGAUGAAUCUGAUACUACAACUAAUCUUGCACCUGCUGAUACAACUGGUCCUGAAAAUGUGGCCACAACUGCUACUGAUGCCGAUACUAUUCCAACAACUGUUCCAAUUCCUGCAACCGUUCCUACCACCACAGACAAAAUACCAAUGGCUGAUUCAACACCAGAUCCUACAAUAAUCUUUACAAUAACUGAUUUUGCAACAAAUUAUGCAACCGAUACUACGAUAAUUGGUUAUACACCAGCCGAUAUAACUGAUGCUACAAUAACUGGUACAAUGAUAGAGGAUACAACCGAUGCUACAGUAACUGGUUUUAUAACAGAAGAUAUAAGCGAUGCUACAGUAACUGGCUUUACAACAGAGGAUAUAACCGAUUUUACAACAGAGGAUAUAACCGAUUUUACAGUAACUGACUUUACAACAGAGGAUAUAACCGAUUUUACAGUAAUUGACUUUACAACAGAGGAUAUAACCGAUUUUACAGUAACUGAAUUUACAACAGAGGAUACAACUGAUGCUACAGUAACUGGUUUUAUAACAGAAGAUAUUACCGAUUUUACAGUAUCUGGCUCUACAACAGAGGAUACAACUGAUGCUACAGUAACUGGCUUUACAACAGAGGAUAUAACCGAUUUUACAGUAACUGACUUUGCAACAGAGGAUAUAACCGAUUUUACAGUAACUGGCUUUACAACAGAGGAUAUAACUGAUGCUACAGUAACUGGCUUUACAACAGAGGAUAUAACCGAUUUUACAGUAACUGACUUUGCAACAGAGGAUAUAACCGAUUUUACAGUAACUGACUUUACAACAGAGUAUACAACUGAUGCUACAGUAACUGGCUUUACAACAGAGGAUACAACCGAUUUUACAGUAACUGACUUUACAACAGAGGAUACAACUGAUGCUACAGUAACUGGCUUUACAACAGAGUAUAUAACCGAUUUUACAGUAACUGACUUUACAGCAGAGGAUACAACUGAUGCUACAGUAACUGGCUUUACAACAGAGGAUAUAACUGAUGCUACAGUAACUGGUUUUACAACGGAGGAUAUAACCGAUUUUACAGUAACUGGCUCUACAACAGAGGAUACAACUGAUGCUACAGUAACUGGCUUUACAACAGAGGAUAUAACCGAUUUUACAGUAACUGGCUUUACAACAGAGGAUAUAACUGAUGCUACAGUAACUGGCUUUACAACAGAGGAUAUAACCGAUUUUACAGUAACUGUUUUUACAACAGAGGAUACAACUGAUGCUACAGUAACUGGUUUUACAACGGAGGAUAUAACCGAUAUUACAGUAACUGGCUCUACAACAGAGGAUACAACUGAUGCUACAGUAACUGGCUUUACAACAGACGAUAUAACCGAUUUUACAGUAACUGGCUCUACAACAGAGGAUACAACUGAUGCUACAGUAACUGGCUUUACAACAGAGGAUAUAACCGAUUUUACAGUAACUGACUUUACAACAGAGGAUACAACUGAUGCUACAGUAACUGGCUUUACAACAGAGGAUAUAACCGAUUUUACAGUAACUGACUUUACAACAGAGGAUACAACUGAUGCUACAGUAACUGGUUUUACAACAGAGGAUAUAACCGAUUUUACAGUAACUGACUUUACAACAGAGGAUACAACUGAUGUUACAGUAACUGGUUUUACAACAGAGGAUAUAACUGAUUUUACAGUAACUGACUUUACAACAGAGGAUACAACUGAUGCUACAGUAACUGGUUUUACAACAGAGGAUAUAACCGAUUUUACAACAGAGGAUACAACUGAUGCUACAGUAACUGGUUUUACAACAGAGGAUAUAACCGAUUUUACAGUAACUGACUUCACAACAGAGGAUACAACUGAUGCUACAGUAACUGGUUUUACAACAGAGGAUAUAACCGAUUUUACAACAGAGGAUACAACUGAUGCUACAGUAACUGGUUUUACAACAGAGGAUAUAACCGAUUUUACAGUAACUGACUUCACAACAGAGGAUACAACUGAUGCUACAGUAACUGGUUUUACAACAGAGGAUACAACUAAUGCUACAGUAACUGGUUUUACAACAGAGGGUACAAGUGAUGUUACGGUAUCUGGCUUCACAACUGAUUCUGAUUCCACAAUAACGGAUUCUAUAACUGAUACUACAACCGAUGUCACGGUAGCUGAUACUACAACAGUUGAUGGUACUACAGUUGACGAUACAACAGCUGAUACCACAAGUGUUGAUUCUACUGCUGCUGAUACCACAACUGUCGAUGUUACAACUGGUGCCGUCACCGCUGAUACUACAACAGCAGAUGCCACCACCAUCGAAGCCACAACAGCUGAUGCCACAACCGCUGAAGCUACAACAGCUGAUGCCACCACAGUUGACACUACAACAGCUGAUGCCACAACUGUUGAUGCUACAACUUAUGCCAUCACCGCUGAUACUACAACAGCAGAUGCCACCACCAUCGAAGCCACAACAGCUGAUGCCACAACCGUUGAAGCUACAACAGCUGAUGCCACCACAGUGGACACUACAACAGCUGAUGCCACAACUUAUGUAGCUACAUCUGUUGAUGCUACAACAGUUGAGACAACAACAGCUGAUGUUACAACCGUUGACGGUACUACAGUUGACACUACAACCACUGAUACCACAACAGCUGAUGCAACAACCGCUGAAGCCACAACCAUCGAAACUACAACAUCUGAUACUACAUCAACUGUUUCUACAACAUCUUCAUAAAGACUGACAACCUUAAUAUUUCUUUCGAAUUAGUGUUCUUUUGAUAAACUCACGCAUAAGCGUGGAUAUAGACUACAUUAUAUGUUUACUGUAAUACAAAUAUAUAAACAUGCACAUUACCACAAUUAUGUUUCCAUUAACUAUAUAUGGUACUGUGUCAAUAUGAGGUUUUUCAUACUCAACAGCAUUUCUUCUCAUGCAGAAAAUAUAAAUAUAAGCUGAAAAUGAGUUUUACUUAUACAAAACAUGGUGUUUACUCAUUCACUAACACGUACCUUUACCUUUAGUUCACCGUUUAAAAACUUUAAAAAAUAAGGAUAAAUGCAACAGAUUGCCAGCAGUGAUCAAACUUUAAACUUCCUUCUGUCUAUAUAAUUCAUAUAAAAGGACUAAAACAGAAUCAUACCAUCAACUGUUACUAGUUGGAACUUUGAUCUACUUUUUUAUUUUAUUAAUAAGGUAAUUUCCGACCUAAAUUGUGGAUUGUUAAUUUGCUUUGGAGGAUAGAAAUGUAACACAGCAACAGUUUGCAAGAACUACUGCUAUUUUUAAUGCUUCACAUAGAUCUAAACCUUAAUCUCCUCCAUUACUGGACAAGUUCUCUUCAAAGAUCGAUCAAUGAUCUUAUCCAUACAGAUUUACUACGGAAAAGGUGACGUUUUGAAAAGAAAUUACUAGCCAACGCAUAUAGCUAUUUCUUGUACUGAUAAAUUAUUUUUCAUUCACAUAUUUAUUUACAACCUUAUCAUUAUGUCGUAGUCAGAGUGAGAUGGUUAAUGUAGCUUUUAUUAAUAAAGAAUUUUGCAGGCUA